ACUCAUGAGGAGGGAAGAGAUUCAUUAUAUUUGGGAGGGGAAUAGGACGAAGUGGAUGAGAGUGUGCGUAACAAACUAAAUUAGGGCUACCCGAUCUUCACGCAAACCACCACUCUGAUUUUAAUUUUCUAGAUCUGCAGAUUCCGCUGAAAUCAUUUCGAAGCCUAUCCAAAUUUUUAGCUUUCAAUUUUAUUUUUGUGUAUCUUUUCUGAAUCAGAGUGUUGAUUCCAAUUGGGGUGCUGCAAAACUAGAGCGUAGAUAGAGAAGGGUAUACAAAGCAGAGUUUCCCCUCUUAGCAUGUGAGCAAUAAUGGGCUCUGGAAAUAUAGUAUCUUCUUCUUCCGGGCGCCCUGAUUUGUCUAUCUCUGAGCUACGUGAGAAGUACGAGUUGGAGCUAGAAAAUUUGACUCUGACCGCACAACCCUUUAAAACAUUGAAAUUCUUCACGUUAGCUGUUAUUCAAUGCAUCAAGAAAACAACAUUAUAUCUAUUGGCAAAAGGUGGGUGGGUUAUGCUUUUCAGUGUUGCGGUUGGGAUUUUUGGCAUAGUGCUCAUGACCCUCGGUGGACUCCAAGAGAAGCAUCUUGAGGAGCUUCUUGAAUAUUUUCGCUUUGGACUGUGGUGGGUGGCCCUUGGCGUUGCUUCUUCAAUUGGUCUUGGAUCUGGUUUGCACACAUUUGUCCUAUAUUUAGGUCCACACAUAGCAUUGUUCACAAUAAAAGCAGUGCAGUGUGGCCGAGUUGAUCUUAAAAGUGCUCCAUAUGAUACAAUACAAUUAAAACGAGGUCCUUCUUGGCUUGAUAAAGACUGUUCUGAGUUUGGGCCACCAUUAUUCCAGUCAGAGGUUCCUCUUAGCAGCAUUUUGCCUCAAGUUCAGCUGGAGGCUAUUUUAUGGGGUAUGGGAACAGCAAUAGGCGAGCUUCCUCCUUAUUUUAUAUCCAGGGCAGCAAGCUUGUCUGGGAGCAGAGUGGAUGCAAUCGAAGAAUUAGAUAGUGAUGAUAAAGGAGUCUUGAAUAGAAUCAAGUGCUGGUUUCUUUCACACUCGCAACAUUUGAAUUUUGUUACUAUUCUAAUACUUGCUUCGGUUCCAAAUCCUUUAUUUGACCUUGCUGGCAUCAUGUGUGGACAAUUUGGCAUUCCAUUUUGGAAAUUUUUUCUUGCAACAUUGAUUGGAAAGGCAAUUAUUAAAACUCACAUACAGACGCUAUUCAUCAUCUCAGUUUGCAACAAUCAACUUCUUAACUGGAUUGAAAAUGAAUUUAUUUGGGUUCUCAGUCACAUACCUGGUUUUGCUUCCGUCUUACCUAGAGUGACUGCCAGUCUCCAUGCAAUGAAAGAUAAGUAUUUGAAAGCUCCCAAUCCAGCUUCCCCAAAUAAGCAGGGGAAAAAGUGGGAUUUUUCUUUUUCUUCAGUCUGGAACACUAUCGUGUGGCUCAUGCUUAUGAACUUCUUUGUUAAGAUAGUGAAUGCAACUGCCCAGAAUCAUCUGAAGAAACAGCAGGAGAAACAUAUUUCUGAAUUAACGGAAAAGUCUACCCCAACAGACUCAGGCGUACAAUGAUUUGUUUAUGUUCUGCUUGUGUCGCCCUUUUUUUAGCGGUUCCUUCUGCAAGCAGAAAAUUGAAAUUCAAAUUACAGCAAUUUCUUUUGGCCCCACAGAAGUUACCCUGAAAAUCUGCAUUAGAGGUCCUGCCAGGAGCUUCUUUAGGAAUGAAUAUACACAGUAGGCAACUAAAGUUGCAACUUUAUUUUAAUUUGGGGCGACCAUUGGAUUUUAGCUUUAACCCUUAUUAAUUAUUUGCUGCUCUAAUGGAAUUAUAAGAGUUCUAUUCUUUUGCAUUAGUAAGACAAAUUA